UGGGCCUUGGCACAGGAGCGCCCUGGGCCCCAGGGACACUUGGUCCACAGGAGGAGCCAGGAGGUCUCCCACGAGGGAAGGAGGCCCCAGGAUGAGCUUCCCCCGUGGGCUUCUGGCCGGCCUCCUGCUGGCUUUCCACUUCUCUGUGGGAGGCGCAGCCGCCCCGGACACGCGAGUGAUCAGUGCCGCCGUGGGCAAGGACGUGGUCCUGGACCUCCCGGACUUCCAGGGGAGCGUGGACGACGUGGACGAUAUCCGGUGGGAGAAGGAGGGCGCCCUGGCUGCGCAGCGCCUUGGGGAGCACAUGGUGGCGGUGGCCCGGGGGCGGCCGGCCCACAAGGUCCUGAGCGAUGGGCGCCUGCGGAUCAGCCAGCUGGGCCCCAACGACAGCGCCGACUACCGCGUCCUCCUGUACAACCGCAGUGGGACCCAGGUGUUCUGCGGGGCCGUGCGCCUCCGCAUCCUGGAGACGGUCUCCAAGCCCGUGAUCUCCUGGGACUGCGGCCAUGCCACGCUGACCUGCGAGAUACUGAGAGGGACAGAUGCCCACUUAAAGCUGUGUCAAAAGCAGAAAUGCAACCAGACGGACACCCAGAUGCUCAUCCAGUACACCUGGACCAGCCUGGACACGCCGUUCAAGUGCACAGCACAGAAUGCAGUCAGCCAGGAGGCCACGGAAGCCACCAUCCACUGCCCAGGCUUAGACAGAGCUCUGUACAUCUGCCUGGUGGUGGGUGUCUGUGCGGGAGGCCUGGUCCUGGUGGCCUGUGUGGGGCUGCUGGUCCUUCGUGUCAGGAGGAAGAGGAGGCAGAGGAGCCAGAAGAGUGAUGAAGAGCUGGAGACGAAAGCUCACCGGACAAUGUCCCAGCAGAGAGGCCAGGGGCCUUGCCUGCCCUCCACCUCCCCUCCACAUCUAGAUGCUUCUCGACCCCCUCCACCCCCUGCUCCUCGUUGCCAGGCACCUGGUUAUCAGCCCCCACCUCGUGGCCACCAUGCCCAGCACCAGCCACAGAAGAGGCCUUUGCCGUCAGGCACGCAGGUGCCCCAGCAGAAAGGCCCCCCUCUGCCCAGGCCUCGGGUUCAACCAGAACCUCCCCGCGGGACUGGGAAGGGCACCAGGACCGCUUCCUCCCCAUGAAGGGACGGGGGCUGCGGGGUGGCUUCUCCAGUGCAGGUGCA